GCUCUGUUAAAGUCGUUUCGCUCAGUUCGCUUCCUAUCUACAAAUAGUACUAGAUUUUUUUCUUUACUGAGUCGUUAAAAAUGAUUCAUCUGCUUAGUUUGUCCUGUUUGUGCUGCUGUCAUCUGAUCGGCGUGUUUAGCGCCGAGACAAAUGAAACGUCGUCAGUGACGGAGGGAGAUUCUGUUACUCUACACACUGGUGUUACCGAAAUACAUGAAGACGAUGAAAUAACGUGGAAUUUUGGAGCUGAAAAGUCUCUGAUAGCUGAAAUAAACAGAGCCUCUGGAAUCUUCUCCACAUAUGAUGUUCUUGAUGAGAGAUUCAAAGACAGACUGAAGCUGGACAAUCAAACUGGAUCUCUGACCAUCAUGAACAUCUCAACUCAACACGCUGGAGAUUAUCACCUAGAAGUAAUUUCAGCUAAACUGUCAUCAAAAACAUUCAGUGUUUCUGUCUAUGCUCGUCUGCCUGUUCCUGUCAUCAGCAGUAACUCUUCAAACUGUUCUUCAUCAUCAUCUUCAUCUUCAUCAAAUUGUUCGUUGUUGUGUUCGGUGGUGAACGUGGGUCAUGUGACUCUCUCCUGGUACAAAGGAAACAGUUUAUUGUCCAGCAUCAGUGUGUCUGAUCUCAGCAUCAGUCUCUCUCUACCUCUGGAGGUGGAAUAUCAGGAUAAAAACACCUACAGCUGUGUGAUCAACAACCCCAUCAGAAACCAGACCACACAUCUGAACAUCAGUCAGAUCUGUCACACGUGUUCAGGUCCUCCAGAAAGCUCAGUCUCUCUGAUGCCAAUUUCUGCUUGUGCUGGAUUUCUGUUGAUUGCUGCCGUCGGGAUCUUCUGGAUCUACAGAAAACACAGAAAAACUCAUCAAGAAGGCAAGCUUUAUCACUUUUAA